ACUACGCUCUGUUUCAUUCUCUUUACUUCUAUUUGUCCCUUCACUCUCUCUCUCUCUCUCUCCCUUCUUCCUUUUAUUGCAUUUUGUAACUUCAAAUAUUUUCGAGAAAACAGAGUCAUCAAUGUUUGCUGCUUGAUAGUUUCCAUAUAUGGAGCAGCUUGUCAACUUCAUCAUUCGCCCACCACGAGCUGAAUAUGACCUGAAAACUGAUCUACUGGAGCAAGAGUUCAUGCUGAAAGGGAAGUUGUUUCAACGGAAAGAUGUGGAGAUAAAAAACAGUCGUGGCGAUGUGCUUCAAUGCAGUCAUUACGUGCCUAUAGUCAGUCCUGGAGGAAAGCCUCUGCCGUGUGUGAUAUAUUGCCAUGGCAACAGUGGAUGCAGGGCUGAUGCCGGUGAAGCUGCUAUAAUUUUACUUCCAUCAAAUAUUACAGUUUUUGCUUUGGAUUUCUCAGGAUCCGGAAUUUCUGGAGGGGAUCAUGUCACACUAGGUUGGAAUGAAAAAGAUGAUCUGAGAGCUGUGGUUAACUAUUUGCGGGCAGAUGAAAAUGUCUCUCUGAUUGGAUUAUGGGGCCGCUCAAUGGGUGCUGUGACUAGCCUUAUGUAUGGAGCUGAGGAUCCUUCAAUAGCAGGGAUGGUUUUGGACAGUCCCUUCUCUGACUUGGUUGAUUUGAUGAUGGAACUUGUAGAUUCAUACAGAGUCCGACUGCCAAAGUUCACUGUGAAGUUUGCAAUUCGAUAUAUGCAAAAAACAAUCCAGAAGAAGGCAAAAUUUGACAUAACAGACUUGAACACCAUUAAGGCAGCUCAAUCUUGUUUUGUUCCGGCACUACUAGGACAUGCCAUUGAUGAUGAUUUUAUACAACCUCAUCAUUCGGAUCGUAUUCUUGAGGCUUACAUGGGAGACAAAAACCUAAUCAAGUUUGAGGGAGAUCAUAACUCUCCUCGUCCUCAAUUUUAUUUUGAUUCUAUAAACAUCUUUUUCAACAAUGUUCUGCAACCUCCCGAGGAUGAGGUUGGGGAAUUAUUCUUUGACUUCACUAAUGAAUUAUUUGGUAAGGAUGUUUGGAGAUCUAUGCAAGAACUAGACUAUGAAUUUGAACAAUCGUCUGAAAACAAAGAAUCAUCAACAUGCUGGACUGUGGAUGCUAUUAGGCAAGUCCAUUCAAGAAGACCAAUGAGUAGGAUGGAGGUUCCAUCACAUACCCCUUCGAAAGAUGAAGGUUGUGACCAGUGGCGGAUCCACGGGGGGACCUAA